AUGUAUGCAUACAGCAACAAUAACUUACAAGGUGUGACCUUGCAGUAUCCAGACCCUUGGGUCAAGACUGCUCUAACACUUUCUCUACCUCACGGUGGCCCAGCAGCUUUCAUUUGCUUCCCAGAACGUGUAAUCGCAGUCUCAUUGACACCAGGGACAAAUAUUGAGCAGAUGGUAUCUCUAAAAUCAGGAGCCACAAACAGAAUCAUCGGAGGGGGUACAAAAAGCCUGAGUAUUCAGCCUGUGCGUGAAAGUGGUGAGCACCUCCCUACUUUGAAAGUCCUGACAACUACCAGCGGGAUUUUGGAAAUAGAACUCAGCACAUCUGAGCUUCAGAGACCCAUGCCCUUGACUGCUGAGGACUGCCUUGACAGGGCAACUUUCAAGCUCAAGACCAAACUUGAUCAGGCUGUCUUCUUUGGUGUAUAG